UUCAGGCGUAGCUGUUAAUUCUCAUCACUGAUGUCGAGAACAGUCUAAUGCCUUGUUGUUCCUUCCUCAUGUUUCGUCCUUGUUUUCCCCCAGCUGUGUUUUUCUGUACAUUUCGUCACGCAAAAAGGUCGUUACUUUUUUUCUUCCUUUCGCUGGCAUUCGUGAUCGCUACAGUUCUGAUUUAUCAAUUUUUAUUCCUGGAAGGAUCUGACCAUCUAGCACAACAAUCAGAGUCGCGUCGCAAAUGGAAUUCCCUCCUAGAAUGGCAGAAAAAAUUGCGUUACCAACUGAAGCAAGUGAAACUUACAAGCAACAAGACAUAUUCUGCUUGUCCAUCGCUUUCAGUUCAAGAAGUGUCGUCCUUAACUUUUUCCUCGUCUUGUCGCUUACCAAAAGUGAGACAAGAAGCGUGUGCCCUGGCAAAGUCAUUUUUCACGACGGAUCCUAGAAACCAGACUUGCAACAGCACCCAGAUGGAUUUGUGCAAAAUUGAGAAAACAGUUUGGGGACUUCCCAAAAUCGAGUGUCACAUAACCUCUUGUGGGUCUUCAGAUAUUAUCUCUGUGGGCUUCGUUAAUCCAGAGGACGGAUCUCUCAGCUGGAAACAUUUUUCUUUCCUUCAAGAUGUGGAGAAAACACUGAACAAUUAUGUUCAAUCGACACCAACAAAUGCUUAUUUCCCGUUUGCUUUUCUGAGGUGUGAUGAAUUCUGGAAUCCCACAGCCAAGACCCAGCUUUUUAUUCUUCCGUCUAGAAGUGUUUCAGCCGAGAAACCGCGACGGGAGACUAACAAAAAACUCAUCAAUGUAAACAUCAUUCUCAUCGACUCUGUGUCUAGACCUCAUUUCUAUCGCUCACUGCCUCAAACUGUUAAAGCUUUUCGAAGCAUUAAUUCGAAUUCUUCAUCACUGGUGCUAGAUUUUGAGCUUUUUCACGCCAUUAAGCAAAGGACGUUUGAAAGCAUUAAUGCCUUAUUUUCUGGGGAACUUAGUGAUGUAAAGGAGUUUAUAAACCCAGUUCCUGUGAAAGCAGGUGUUAUGUUUGGAAAAUUUAAAUCACUGGGAUAUCAGACAAUGUGGCAAGAGGAUAUGUGUUGGGCUCACGAGUGGGGCCUGGUGAGGAACCUAAAAGUUAUGAACAAAAGUUUAACCUUAAGCAGAGUAUGGCAUAACUUGGCCAGGGUUCUACAAAAUAACUCAAUUGAUUUUACAGGAAUAACACACUCAAGUUGUGAAGUUUUAAGACGUUUUGGAGUUUCAGACAUUUUUCAUGGCCCUUCUAAUUUGUGCUAUGGAGGAAAGAACUACCAUGCCUUGUUUUUGGAACAUUUAGAACACAGUAUCAAAGAAGGACAUAUGGAUUCAGAAAAGAAACCACUGUUUGCCUUUUCAAUGCUAAAUGUAGGCCAUGAGGAAAGUGGAUGUAGGAUUCAGACUUUUGAUUCAGCAUUAUCCAAUUUUGUUAAUAUGUUAGCUUCUGAUCCAAAUACUUUGAGCAUAGUACUCUCAGACCAUGGUAACAAUUAUGGAUCAUACCCAAGAACAAUGGAGGGGCGGUUUGAAGUUUUUCAACCACACCUGUUUAUGAUAAUACCAAAGAGGGUUCAAAAUUUGCUAGGGAAAAACAAAAUAAGGAUACUGAAACAAAAUCAAGGCAGAUUGGUAAGCAUUGUCGAUUUGCAUCACACACUUAUGGCAAUUGCAGCAGAGUUUGGCAAUGAAUGGUUGCCGCAGAAUCUUGGCCUUCUUCAGCCAGUCUUAAGUAACCGUACUUGUGAUGACCUUGGCCUUCUUAUAUCUACACUUUGCAUCUGCCAAGGAUGGAUGACAAAAGUCAACACAAACUCAUUUCACUUCAUCAUAGCCGAGUUUGCUUUAGGUCAGCUCAAUAACAACAUACAAACCCAGUUCCUUGAAAACUUCCAAGCAAAAAGGCCACUCUCUGGCUUUCAAUCCUGUGAACGGCUCAGAGGAGAACGCUUUGAUAACAUUAGAGAAAAGUGGAUAGGUGAAGUGCUUACUGUGACUUUAGAUAUUUAUGUCCAGAAUCAAGAAAUCUUCUCUGUUACAGUUCAGGUGACAAGUGGAAGUGUCAUAAUGGACAUGAAAUUGACUCAGUUCACAAGGGUCAGCAGUUAUGGCAGUUAUCAGACCUGCGCAGAUAAGGGUCUGGACCCAAGACUGUGUGUGUGUAAAAAUGGUCCUUCAUUACAUGAGUCAGGUACUACUGCUAACAGACUAUUCACUGAGAAUGGAAAUUAUAUGAAAGCCACGGAACCACCAACUACAAUGUGGCACCAUGAUGGUAAUGUUUUUAAUUCAGCGACAACAGCUGACAAUAUACACGAGAACUGUCUCUUCAUACUUUUGAGAGAACACAUAAGUGGUGUAAUACUUGAAGCUGCAAAUUAUUGUAGUUUUGUUACAUACACCAUUGAUCUUGACCUGUCGCUGAGCAACAUGAAAAUAUCUGAAAGAGUUCCACUUCGUAAAGAACUUGGCCCUGGUGUAAUACUCUUCCUUAUGGCAAUUAAUCAACUUGAUCCUAACAUCAAUUGGAGUUGGAAAUACACUGUGAACUUUUCUUGGAAAAUAGUACCAGUAAAUUAGAUGACAGGUUUAGACAAUACCCCAUUAUGAAAAAUUGACAUUGAAAUUCUUCUUAAAUUUAAAGUAAAACAGGGUUUGUACACUUUGUCAGACAUAAAAUUCAGAGACUUCUCAAGGACUUUAAGCGCCCCUUUUAAAAUUUAAAUUACCAGGUGUGGUUUGGUUAUCUCAAACUUAAUUAGAAAAAAAAAUAAAAACAUUUGGGUGAGUAUUUCCUGUGUUUAACAUAACAAAAUGCUGGUUUCCUCACUGCUUUAUUGUAUUUGAACAAAAACUGGACAGUGAUAAAAAAGUUUUCCUUAUGGAUCAAAUAGACUGUUGAUUAUUAUCAUUCGAGGUUUUUCAAUCUUCAAAAAUUAUUUUAUAUACUAAGUUUUCUUAUGUUACUUCACAUUUAAAAGAGAAGAUAAAUUUAUAUAUUUCCCUAAUUGUUAAUAAUUAAAGAGCUAUUUUCAAAUAUUA